CAAUUUGUCCUUUGCUAUAUUAUCUACAGGUUUUUAAAUCUCCACUUAAACACCUGUGAAGUAAAUUUAAACUAGGCCAUCCUAUCCUUUCAUUUCUCUAUUUGUUCUCAGUAACUGCUCUUUUCAUAGCCUUCCAUUUACAAUCCACAACUCUUUAUCAUGUAUUGUUUCCUCUUAAACAGCUAUUCAGCUAGGUUACAGAACAAUGCUGGUUCUACUCAAGUGGCGGUAUACAGCUAUUUAGCUAGGUUACAGAACAUUGCUGGUUCUACUCAAGUGGCGGUAUACAGCUAUUUAGCUUGGUUACAGAACAUUGCUGGUUCUACUCAAGUGGCGGUAUACAGCUAUUUAGCUUGGUUACAGAACAUUGGUGGUUCUACUCAAGUGGCGGUAUACAGCUAUUUAGCUUGGUUACAGAACAUUGGUGAUUCUACUCAAGUGGCGGUAUACAGCUAUUUAGCUUGGUUACAGAACAUUGGUGGUUCUACUCAAGUGGCGGUAUACAGCUAUUCAGCUAGGUUACAGAACAUUGCUGGUUCUACUCAAGUGGCAGUAUACAGCUACUUAGCUUGGUUACAGAACAUUGCUGGUUCUACUCGAGUGGCGGUAUACAGCUAUUUAGCUUGGUUACAGAACAUUGGUGGUUCUACUCGAGUGGCGGUAUACAGCUAUUUAGCUUGGUUACCGAACAUUGCUGGUUCUACUCAAGUGGCAGUAUACAGCUAUUUAGCUUGGUUACAGAACAUUGCUGGUUCUACUCAAGUGGCGGUAUACAGCUAUUUAGCUUGGUUACAGAACAUUGCUGGUUCUACUCAAGUGGCAGUAUACAGCUAUUUAGCUUGGUUACAGAACAUUGGUGGUUCUACUCAAGUGGCGGUAUACAGCUAUUUAGCUUGGUUACAGAACAUUGCUGGUUCUACUCAAGUGGCGGUAUACAGCUAUUUAGCUUGGUUACAGAACAUUGGUGGUUCUACUCGAGUGGCGGCUCGUGCUUGAUAUAAUGCACUUAGGGGCACCUGAAAAGUUGGAAUUUUAGUUGCCAUAAACUGUAUUAGUGCAUAAAAACCAAUCCCAAAAAAGACUCUUCUGACCUAAAAACCUUCAAAUUCUUCUUACCUCAUUAUUACCUAGAAACCUAACAAACUUUUCUCACCUUGAAACUUUUUAUCUUAUCUCAUCUAAAAAAACUCUCAAAUUCUUCCAUACCUUAAAACCUUUCAGACUCUUUUGACCUGAAAACCUCUCAAAUCCUUCUUACUUGAAAACCUUUCAAACUGUUCUCACCUAAAGACCUCUCAAAUUCUUCUCACAUCAAAACCUCUCAAACUUUUCCCAGUUGGUAACUUCUUAAAGUAAUCUUAUCUGAAAACCUCCCAAACACUUCUCACCUUAAAAUGUCUUGAAAAUCGUUUCAUCUUAUAUACUCUCCUUAUCUAUGAAGUCUCCUCAUAUUAAAACCUAUAUUUAUCUCUAAACCCUUCUCGCUGUUAAACCUUUCCUCAUCUCAUAUUCUCUCUUUAUAUCAAAAUUCUUCUUACAUUAAACUUAUCUUUUAUCACCAAAACUCUCUUUUACCUCAAAAUCUCCUUUACCACAAAACUCUUCUUAUUUCACAUCUAAACUUUCCUCACCUUAAAACCCCUCUUUAUCUCAAAUCACCUUACUGUAAAACCUCUCUUAAUCUGAAAUCUUCACUUGUCUCAAAUUCCUCUCCAUAUAUCCAACCCUUAACUUUGUAAUCUUCUAUUGUUGUCAACAGUUGUUUUUGUUAUAAUAAUGAUAAUUACUGUUGUUGAACCUCUUAAGAUAUUGACAAAUUCUCAGAUUUGCCAAAAAAAAACACACACACACAAAAAACAACACUUAAACUAAUGUACAUGUAGGUCAAACACUUAAACUAAUGUACAUGUAGGUCAAACACUUAAACUAAUGUACAUGUAGGUCAAACACUUAAACUAAUGUACAUGUAGGUCAACAGUAUACUGUUUCUUACAUAAAGUUACCUUUUGUAACACAAGGCAUUUUAAAGUUUGCUUUUAUCUUUAAAUCAAAUUCUUUUCUUUUAAAUGGUAUGUAAAGACUAUAAAUUACAUAUCAAAAGUUCCUUUAUAAAAGUUAAAGAUAUCUACCAAAAUUUUAAGUUUGUAGAUACAUUUGUUUAGCUUAUUGGACAAUAUUACAUGUUGUA